AUGUAUUUAGACACCAGCGGGCAGCAGCAGACUAGCGAGUGGCACCCUCCCUCGGGAGGUCGGUCGGAGUCGGUCGGGGGAGCUCGACUUCCUUGCUCGGGCGGUGCAGCAGUGCACCUGCAGCAGCUGCAACAGGCGAGGCUCUUCCCGGGUGGUAGGCGCUCGAUGACCGCUGCAAGAGCAACGUCCUUCGACAGCGGAUCCAGCGUACUCGGUCUUUGGUAUGCUCACGUCGACCGUAUACCAUACGACGCGCACCUGUAA